AUUUGCUUAUUUUUUUUAUAGCUGCCGUUUAUUUAAAAAAAAUAAAAACCCAAAAUAAGAGAUAAAAAAAUCACUUAACUGCUGCGGAAACGUAGGUGAAAGUUGGUAAAUUUUUUCUUACCAAAAGAAAUUAUAUAAAUUUUUGAAAUUAAAUUUAUUAAAACUUGGCUGAAACUUAAAAUUUAAACAAAUAAGAUAAGUCCCACAAAUAAAUUCCGCUUUAUUUACAUAUUCUAUUAAAUAUGAAUAAAGCGGGUAAACAUAUACAGACUGGAGUAAAUAAUGGUCCAAUAUCAUCACCCAAAUCGCCAUUACUACCAACAAACACCAACAAUAAUAUGGGCUCGAUGGCGCAGAAAAAUGUUAUCACUUCUAUAAUGAGUUUUUUACCCGAUAAUAGACCGAUUACAUCAUUGCAAAUUGUAGAGGAUUAUGACAAUUUUUCUUUCAGAGUAAUUGCCGAAAAAGUAGCACCGCCUAAGGAAUUUUCCUUACUAUCACGUACAGCGGAUACAGAACAAAAGGCCUGGCGUAAACGACAAAUUGCCUAUAAGCUCUCCAAACGGGGGACCGUUACACAAGCAGUUACAGAUAUAAUACUAUGUUCUAAAUUAAAAAUUGCACCAGAAGGAUUUAAAUUAGCGGGUGAUAUAAAUGGCAUAUUAAUUUGUUAUAAAACUGGUGCCAUACCGGUACGUUUGCCACCGCCAGUGCCCGGUCUAAGUCCACAAUUAGGCUGCACCUCUGCUACAAACGGUAGCAGUGAAGUGGAAAAAGCAUUAAAUCGUUUAAAUCUACACAAUGCCACGGCAGCGGGACAAGCUUUAAGAAAUCCCAAACAGCCGCUGCCGCCCGUGCCACAUGCAGAAGAACAUGAUUAUGAAGAAAUUCAACAUUCUUAUCAAAUAAACUCACCACAAAGACCGGCACCCAAGCCACCGGUUAACACAAGUCAUAGUCUGGGUACAUUGGGUGCUUAUACUGAUGUUGAGGGAGUGCCAUUUGUUAUUAAUCCUAUGCUUAAGUCUACUAAUCAAAAUGUGUAUUCCACACUGCCACAACUUAGUGAUUUUGUUGUAAAAAAAGAUCUCGAUUAUGAUUUUCAAUUGGAGCGUCAAACUUUGUGUACCAUGAAAUCGUCAGCUUCCAAAAAUCCUUUUUUUAAUUAAAAUCUAAA